GCGUGCAUUAGGGGAUGCAUGUGGAAGUAAAACAGAUCCCUCAGGCCUGCGAGCCUAUCGCGCUGCGUUUGUCAUUCCUGCCGGGCGACAUUUUUUUCCCUUAAGCUACUGCACUCUAAACAGUGAGAGAGCUUUCCCUGCAGUCUUCUUCAAGCCCCUAUUUUUUCCUUUCCUCAUUGUUUGUGGGUGUAUUUUAAUUCUUUUUUUUUUUCAUUCCCUGGACUAUGGGUUAAGAUUUCAAUAUUCACUGAAGACAAAAACAACCUUUUCUGCAUCUCGGUGAGAAGUUCACGCAGAGGCCAAGGCCACAGUGCAUGAGCUGUCAUCUGAACACGUGUCCACCCACGCUUAUAUCUGAAGAAUCACAGAGUGUGAUGGUUCUGCAGCUGCUCUGCCGCCCUGUGGCAACAGCUGCCCUUUUCCGGAGCAGAAGACACGUGUGCAAGGAAACCCAGGCUAGACAGAAAGAUGGGGCUUGUGCUAAAACAUAAUUCACCCCCAAUUUAUCCUCUUGAUAAAUUGCAUGACCUGGAAAAUGAACCCGGUGGUGAAUUGGUGAAUCACGCCUGGUGGGCAUCUCCGGGAGCAAUUUCCGGGGAAGCAAAAUCGGAUCCACAGAGCAAGUAGGCAACAGAGCUCAGAGUGACCACAUCUGGUGGAAGAGGAAAAAAAUGUAGUUAUUGAGUCCAAUCAAGUGUCUGUAUAUCUCAAAUUAUCAAGAACAUCCUAUCAAGAAAGGUUCUGGCUGGUCCCACAGACAUAUGGCUAUCCAAGGAGCCACAUAAAGAUGGAGAAAUGGAGACACAGAGAAAUUAAGUGACUUUGCCACAGUUCCAAGCUGGAGAGGACCAGAAUUAGAACUUAGAGAGAACCCUGACUCUGGGCCUGUGUCCUGCCCACAGAGUCACGCUGCCUCCCUUCCUAGGAGAGAAGACUUCCUGCAAGAUGGAGGUGGACGCCGAGGAGAAGCGUCAUCGCACACGGUCCAAAGGGGUCCGAGUUCCCGUGGAACCAGCCAUACAAGAGCUGUUCAGCUGUCCCACUCCUGGCUGUGAUGGCAGUGGUCACGUUAGUGGCAAAUAUGCAAGACACAGAAGUGUAUAUGGCUGCCCCUUGGCCAAAAAAAGAAAAACGCAAGAUAAACAGCCCCAAGAACCUGCUCCCAAACGGAAAGCUUUUGCAGUGAAAGCUGACAGCUCCUCAGUGGAUGAAUGCUAUGAAAGUGAUGGCACUGAGGACAUGGAUGAGAAGGAUGAAGAGGAAGAAGAGGAGGAGGAGGAGUACUCCGAGGAUGAUGAUGAGCAGAGGGAUGAGGAUGACGAAGAUGAGGAGGUGGACCGAGAGGAAGAGGAGGAGCUGGAGGAGGAUGAUGAGGAUGACGAUGAAGAUGGAGAGGAUGUAGAGGAUGAGGAGGAGGAAGAAGAGGAGGAGGAGGAAGAAGAAGAGGAGGAAGAAGAAGAAAAUGAAGACCAUCAAAUGAAUUGUCACAAUGCUCGAAUCAUGCAAGACUCUGAGAAGGAUGACAACAAUAAUGAUGAGUAUGACAACUAUGAUGAGCUGGUGGCCAAGUCCCUGCUCAAUCUGGGCAAGAUUGCUGAGGAUGCAGCCUACCGGGCCCGGACUGAGUCAGAAAUGAACAGCAAUACCUCCAAUAGUCUGGAAGAUGACAGUGACAAAAAUGAAAACCUGGGUCGGAAAAGCGAAUUGAGUCUAGACCUCGACAGCGAUGUGGUGAGAGAAACCGUGGACUCCCUCAAAUUGUUAGCACAAGGGCACGGUGUGGUGCUCACAGAAAACAUGAAUGACAGAAGUUAUGCUGACUCCAUGUCUCAGCAAGACAACCGGAACAUGAAUUAUGUCAUGUUAGGAAAGCCUAUGAACAAUGGUCUCAUGGAGAAGAUGGUGGAGGAGAGCGAUGAGGAGGUGUGCCUAAGCAGCCUGGAGUGCUUGAGGAACCAGUGUUUUGACCUGGCCAGGAAACUGAGCGAGACCAACCCGCAGGAGAGGAGCCAGCAGCAGAACAUGAACAUCCGCCAGCACGGCCGGCAAGAGGACGACUUCCCAGGAAGGACGCCGGACAGGAACUACUCGGACAUGAUGAACCUGAUGAGGCUGGAGGAGCAGUUGAGUCCCAGAUCUAGAACUUUCUCCAGCUGUGCUAAGGAGGAUGGGUAUCACGAAAGAGAUGAUGACACCACUUCUGUGAACUCGGACAGGUCUGAGGAAGUGUUUGACAUGACCAAGGGAAACUUAACUCUCCUUGAGAAAGCCAUUGCUUUGGAAACUGAGAGAGCAAAGGCCAUGAGGGAGAAAAUGGCAAUGGAAGCCGGCAGGCGGGACACUAUGAGGUCCUAUGAGGAGCAGUCUCCAAGACAACUCCCUGGGGAUGAGAGAAAGCCUAAAUCCAGUGACAGCCAUGUCAAAAAGCCAUACUAUGGUAAAGAUCCCUCGAGAACAGAAAAGAAAGAGAGCAAGUGUCCAACCCCGGGGUGUGAUGGAACUGGCCACGUAACUGGGCUUUACCCGCAUCAUCGCAGCUUGUCUGGAUGCCCGCACAAAGAUAGGGUCCCUCCAGAAAUUCUUGCCAUGCAUGAAAAUGUUCUCAAGUGUCCUACUCCGGGCUGCACAGGGCGAGGGCAUGUAAAUAGCAACAGGAACUCGCACCGAAGCCUCUCUGGAUGCCCUAUUGCUGCAGCAGAGAAAUUGGCAAAGGCCCAAGAAAAACACCAGAGCUGUGAUGUAUCCAAGUCCCACCAAGCCUCUGACCGAGUGCUAAGGCCAAUGUGCUUUGUAAAGCAGCUCGAGAUCCCUCACUACGGCUACAGAAACAACGUCCCCACGACCACGCCUCGCUCCAACCUGGCCAAAGAGCUUGAGAAAUAUUCCAAGACUUCGUUUGAAUACAACAGUUACGACAGCCAUACUUACGGCAAGCGGGCCAUAGCUCCCAAGGUGCAAACCAGGGAUAUAUCCCCCAAAGGAUAUGAUGCGAAGCGGUACUGCAAGAACGCCAGCCCCAGCAGCAGCACCACCAGCAGCUAUGCACCCAGCAGCAGCAGCAACCUGAGCUGCGGCGGGGGCAGCAGCGCCAGCAGCACAUGCAGCAAAAGCAGCUUCGACUACACGCAUGACAUGGAGGCAGCCCACAUGGCAGCUACGGCCAUCCUCAAUCUGUCUACACGCUGCCGAGAGAUGCCUCAGAACCUGUCCACCAAGCCACAGGACCUGUGCUCUGCGCGGAACCCUGAUAUGGAGGUGGAUGAGAAUGGAACCCUGGACCUCAGCAUGAACAAGCAAAGGCCACGCGAGGGCUGUUGCCCAAUUCUAACCCCCCUGGAGCCCAUGUCCCCGCAGCAGCAGGCGGUGAUGAACAAUCGGUGUUUCCAGCUGAGCGAGGGGGACUGCUGGGACUUGCCUGUAGACUACACCAAAAUGAAGCCGCGGAGGGUAGAUGAGGAGGAUUCCAAAGAGAUUACUCCUGAAGACUUGGAUCCUUUCCAGGAAGCCCUGGAAGAAAGAAGGUAUCCGGGGGAGGUGACCAUCCCAAGUCCCAAGCCCAAAUACCCUCAGUGCAAGGAGAGCAAAAAGGACCUAAUAACUCUGUCGGGCUGCCCUCUGGCUGACAAAAGCAUUCGAAGUAUGCUGGCCACCAGCUCUCAAGAACUCAAGUGCCCCACCCCUGGCUGUGACGGCUCUGGGCACAUUACCGGCAAUUACGCUUCUCAUCGAAGCCUUUCAGGUUGCCCGAGAGCUAAGAAAAGUGGCAUCCGGAUAGCACAGAGCAAAGAAGAUAAAGAAGACCAGGAGCCAAUCAGAUGUCCCGUGCCGGGCUGUGACGGCCAGGGCCACAUCACCGGGAAGUAUGCCUCCCACCGCAGCGCGUCGGGGUGCCCGUUGGCGGCCAAGAGGCAAAAGGAUGGGUACCUCAAUGGCUCGCAGUUCUCCUGGAAGUCGGUCAAGACGGAGGGCAUGUCAUGCCCCACGCCGGGAUGCGAUGGCUCGGGACACGUCAGCGGCAGCUUCCUUACACACCGGAGCUUGUCAGGAUGCCCAAGAGCCACCUCUGCAAUGAAGAAGGCAAAGCUAUCAGGAGAGCAGAUGCUGACCAUCAGGCAGCGAGCCAGCAAUGGUAUAGAGAACGAUGAAGAAAUCAAACAGUUAGAUGAAGAAAUUAAGGAGCUGAAUGAAUCCAACUCCCAGAUGGAAGCGGAUAUGAUAAAACUUAGAACUCAGGUAACAAUUACUACAAUGGAGAGCAACCUGAAGACGAUAGAAGAGGAGAACAAAGUAAUUGAACAGCAAAAUGAGUCUCUUCUUCAUGAACUGGCCAACUUAAGCCAGUCUUUAAUUCAUAGUCUAGCUAACAUCCAGCUGCCGCACAUGGAUCCAAUCAAUGAACAAAAUUUUGAUGCAUACGUGACUACUUUGACGGACAUGUAUACAAAUCAAGAUCGUUAUCAGAGCCCAGAAAAUAAAGCCCUACUGGAAAAUAUAAAGCAGGCUGUGAGAGGAAUUCAGGUCUGAACAGCUGCUAGUGAUGGAUCUUGCUUAAAAAAACAAAAAAACAAAAAAAACAAAAAAAAACAAAAAAAAAGAAAGAAAACAAAAAAAAAGGAUGCCUCUUGUUUUUUGCUGCUGUAAUUUACAGAAAGUGUUAUAUAUUUAUUUCUGUUUGAAACAGUGUUAUGCUUACAAGACUUCAUAAUGAUUUUAUGUCUUGCUUUAAAGAUAGCACCUGCAGGAUAGUUUUUGAAUACAUUCACAUUUUGUACGUUUUCAUAUAAGCUGACAUAGUGUGAUAUGCCAUGUAAUGUUUAUAGCUGCUAAUGUAUGCACAUUUGGGGGUAUAUAUAUUUCUGAAGAGGUAAGCUGAUCAAAAUAAAUAGAGUGUAAAUUCUUUUUAAUGCUUUAGUGAUUAAAUGUUUUAGUAUUUUGAACUGAAAUGGACAAAACAAAAAAAAAAACCUACAGCUUUGAAUGAUCAUGUGGUGGUCCUAAAACCACUUUUUAGACAUUAUCAUUCUGCCUCAUGUUGGAGGAUUUUAUGGAAUUUAAGAAAUACAUUUUGUGUGCAUAUUGUUUCAUAGCAAGAAUUGGUUGCAAAAAAAUGCUUUAUUUUUGAACAAUGCUUGGAAAUAUUAUGUGAUUUUUUUGUUUGUUUGUUUUAGGAGGAUGGUGUAUGGUGGGGGCAAUAAAUGAGGUUUUUUGCAUUCCAAGGAAAUGGCAUAUGGAUUAUCUGUAAGAAAUGAGAUAAGUAAUUUAUUGUAAGACAACAUCAAGCCAUGGAAACUUGGCAGAAGAUUCAAAGCAGCUUAAACAGCACUUUUAAAUUAACUCCUGAGCAUUACAUGGUGUGACUAUGGGAACUCCACUUAAGACAGGGGCUUAUCAGAGGUGGACAACACGAAGAUUUCCUUUCCAUUCUCAAUAAACUUUGGAACAACCUUCUCUUAUCUCCCCGCGUUCUGUGCCCCUCUACACUGUCUGUUAUUGCAAUAUGGUUUAUCGAACAGAGUCUGUAUGUUUUCAUUGAUGCGCAAAGAUAAUUUAAGAGUAUUUAUUUCCCCCUUUCUACUUUAAAAGAUUUAUUAUUGUUGUUCUUGUCAUUUGACAUGGGUGGGGAGGGGAAUGAAGGCAAAUGAUUGGCGAGUCUGUGGGGUGCUGGACUGGGUUUUCUGCUGGACUGCUUGGAAGGCUGCUCAGGCUGCUUUCUCCAGAUGCCCCACACCUUUGGCUUUGCAAAGCUUUGGGUACUCUUCAGAGUACCCUCAAAACGAAGCUUGUGUUCCCCUUGGAGACCAGCUGAGCACCUGGCAUCUGCACAGCCUUGUCGUUUGGUUUGCCCUGAUCUAUUCUAAGAUGAAUGCAAUCAGAUUUUAAGAGUAAUUAAAAAAUACUUCAGCACUUUUUUGCUUUACACGCGACCAUCUUAGACUCCUUUCUACCUUGGGGAUUUGAUUGUUUGAUCCGACGACUGCACUAUCUGUCUGCAUAAGACCACUUUUGAUUGCUGCGUUCUUCCCUUCUGAGUAGUCCCUAGGACAACGUGUUGUGUUUUCUGAUGUUGACUUGCUUUACAUGUAAUAGCAUCUCUUCCUUCCAUGUCUUGAUGUUAUGCAGGAAGUACAAAAGUACUUUAAAAUUUUGUUAUGAAAAAAAAAAGAUGGGUUUUGUAAAAAUAAAAAAAAUAUUUUUAGCAGAACAGGACUUACAGGGUCAUUGUCCCCACAACGUGCCAGUCGACUAUUUGCACUUACCUUGUCCUAUAUCCGUACGGAGGUGUGCAAUUCCUGGUGUCAGCAGCCUCGCGAUGCUGAGCCUGGAAGAAUUAGAGGAGGCCCUCAAGGCUGACCCGAUAAUGUUGCUAAGGGAGAUUACAGGGAUCUCACAGCAAAUAUUCUGAUACAAUACUCAACCUCGGUAUAUAUAUAUGUAUAAAUAUAUGUACAUCCCAGCGGCACUUUAUACUGCUCACUGUACAAACGCUUACAGUUUUCCACGAGGACUUUAAUAACUAGCUGGGAAAAGAUGAUGUAAUUACUCGGGGGCCCUGCAGCCUUUCUGCAGCGCGCCCUCUUUCUGUUGUGCUAUUAGUUGUAGCUGCCAUGCUCAGAAUUGCCUUUUUGAGAGCUGAAGCAAGGUGCUUCUUGUCACCUGAUGCCAUAUCUAUCGUCCAGGGCUCUGGCCUCCUGGCAGGGCCCCUUGUUCAUAUCGGCAUAUGCAUUUCCCCGCCGCGUUGUGUCUGCAGCUUCUUUGCCAAUAUAGUAAUGCUUUUAGUAGAGUAAUAGAUAGUAUCAGUUUUGGGUUCUUGUUAUUACCUAUGUACAAUGGAAAGGGGUUUUAAGCACAAAUCUGCUGCUCAUCUAACGUUGGUACAUAAUAUCAAAUCAAAAGUUAUCUGUGACUAUUAUAUAGGGAUCACAAAAGUGUCACGUAUUAGAAUGCUGACCUUUCAUAUGGAAUUAUUGUGAGUCAUCAGAGUUUAUUUAUUAUAACUUAUUGUUCAUAUUCAUUUCUAAGUUACUUUAAGUAAUCAUUUAUUAAGACAGAAUUUUGUAUAAAUAUUUAUUGUGCUCUCUGUGGAACUGAAGUUUGAUUUAUUUUUGUACUACACAGCAUGGGUUUGUUGACACUUUAAUUUUGCUAUAAAUGUGUGGAAUCACAAGUUGCAGUGAGACUUCAUUUUUAAAUUGUGAACUUUGUACAAAUUUUGUCAUGCUGGAUGUUAACACAUCUUACUCUAAAUAAAAAGGUGUUGCCACA